AUGAUGUAUGGAAUUUCAACAAAAGAGUGUAGAAAAAUUGCAUACGAGAUGACCAAAAUUAAUGGAAUUAGAUUUCCAACAACAUGGAAAACUGAAGAAUGCGCAGGUUUAAAGUGGUUUAGGUUGUUCAUGAAGCGGCAUCCAUCUCUUAGUAUAAGAAGCCCUGAAGCAUGUAGUCUUUUACGGGCUACAUCAUUUAACCGGCACAACAUUGGUCAAUUUUAUAAAAAUAUAGAAAAGAUUUUUCUGAAAUCACCACAGUUGGCAGAUCCUUCUAGGAUUUUUAAUCUAAAUAAAACAGUUCAAAAGCGUUGUUCAAAAGUAGUUGGAGCAAAAGGGAUGAAACAAGUUAACCAAGCCACAAGUGCAGAAAAAGGGAGUUUAGUAACCACGUGUUGUAUAAUCUGUGCUAAUGGAACAUUUCUUCUGCCUGUGAUGGUCUUUCCCCGAGUUCGAUUUCAAAAGCGUAUGCUGAAAGGUGGUCCGGUUGGGACGCUUGGAUUGGCAGGCAAAACUGGUUGGAUGACUGCAGAACUUUUUCUGCCCUGUCCAUCCGUUUUAGAUCAUCUGGAUCCUACUUAUCAUAUAUUUAGUUCAACGUCUAGCUAUACUGGACAGCUAGCACCUGUUACAUUUUUAACGCCGGAGCAGUUCAAAGGAUAUCCAAAAGCAGGAAAUGGAAAAACAAAUAACAAAAAAAAGGAAGAAGUCUCAUAG